AAUUCUCCUUGGAAUGCCCAAUUAUCGUCCUUGGAACAAUCCCCAAAACCAAAUGCCUCUCCACCUUCCAAUUUCCCUCUAAAAGUUAGAAACUCUCUCUCUCCUUCUUCCCUUUCCCUCUUUCCAGUUUCCACCGCCGUUUCUGCAAUUCUGUGCUCUGCUCAAUAGCCUUCAAUUCGCCGUCUUCAUCGUCCUUCUUUAACACAACAUGUUCCAUCCAGUUUCUGACAGUUAGGGUUUCUCUUCUCCCCUAACAAAGCUCUCAACUUCCCCUACUAACGGUUUGACUUGCUAGGUGAAACUCAACAUUAUGGAAGUUUGGAAUGUGGAUGAGCAAGUCGGACAAAACAAGAUGCUUCCACCACCGAUGGGAACCUUUCAAACUCGUGAAGAACUCCUUAAGCAUGUUCGGGAUUUUGCUUUGGCACAGGGCUAUAUGGUAUCUAUUAAGGAUUCUUCCAAGGAUAGAUAUGUGACGAUUGCAUGUGACCGAGGUGGUGUCUAUCGCAAGAGGGUCAAGACUGGAGAAAAUAUGCGUCAAAGGAAAGCAUCUUCUCGCCUUACAAAUUGUCCUUUUGAAGUUGUGGGCAAGAAGGAUGAUGACUUGUGGGUGUUAAGCAUUAAACACGGAGAACACAAUCAUGAACCUUCAAAAAGCAAAUACGAUCACCCUUCUUGCCGCCGCUUUUCAGAAGAAGAGAUCCUUAUCAUAAGAGAGAUGACUGUUGCUGGUAAACGGCCAUGGCAAAUACUGAAGGUACUGAGGCAAAAAAACCCAAAUCUAGUAUCUGAUUCGAGGAACGUUUACAAUGUCAAGGCUAAGAUUCGCAGAGAGAUGCUAUCAGGCAAAAGGAUUGCACCACCACCGACCUCUUUGGGAAUUGUGAACAACGGUAUAAUGGGGGCUGGAAUACCAUCAGAACAGAUGGCUGCAAAUGGCGCGACAAUGCAGGAAUCCAUUGACAAUCCAUAUCUGGAGAAUGAUGCUGUUAAAGAAACUAAGGUGUUGGCAUCUGAACUCUGUCGGCACUUCUAUACCCUUGGAUGGUUAUUAGGUUCUGGAGGCAGCAUUGCCAUCAAAAUUCAUGAUGAUUCCAUCCCCAAGUCUCGCCAGCUGAUUGUCAUGUCUCCUUCUGGUGUACAGAAGGAAAGAAUGGUUCCAGAAGACAUGUAUGUGCUUUCUUCUGAUGGAUUUAUUUUGUCUACACCUCCUCUCAGGCCCUAUCCAUAUAAACCCCUGAAGUGUACUGAUUGUGCUCCUCUCUUCUUAAAGGUUUGUGAGAUAUGUAAGGCUGGUGCUGUAAUUCACAGCCAUGGAAUGGAAUCAUGUGUUGUAACAAUGCUCCAUCCCUUCUCAAAUGAAUUUAGAAUUUCUGACAUGGAGAUGAUAAAAGGAAUUCAAGGACAUGGAUACCAUGAUGAGCUUGUGGUUCCGAUAAUUGAAAAUACUGCUCAUGAAGGAGAGCUCAUAGAGGCUCUUACUGCAGCGGUCAGAGAUUACCCAAUGACUACAGCAGUACUUGUUCGCAACCAUGGGGUGUUUAUAUGGGGAGAAUCAUGGAUCAGUGCUAAGACUCAAGCUGAAUGUUAUCACUAUUUGUUUGAUGCUGCCACCAAAAUUCGUCAACUGGGCUUGGACAAGUCUACUCCAGGCGACCACUCUAUUCGCAUUCCAGAUGAAUCAUGUGGUUGUGGGAGUGCAAGCAGUGGUUUGAAGGCAGGGACUCUUGGUAUAGAUUAUGUCAUCAAACCUUCACAACAAUGUAUUCUUCUCAGCAUAGAAGGAACAACAACUCCUGCGUCUUUUAUUUCUGGUGUCCUUUUCCCUUAUGCUAAUGAUAAUUUGGUUAAGUAUUUAGUGUCAACAUACGACUCCAGGGAAACUCAACAUGAUAUAAAUUUGCUGCGUGCUCAGGUUUGUUACUGCCUCUUCAUGUUGCAUCACAUACUAACUGGUUUUCUUUUGCUACUAGGUACUGGUUUCACCUUUGUUUUGGUGCACAAUAGCUCUAAGGGUGGUGAACAUUGUGAAAUUCAAAAUGAUCUGGAGCAAGGCAUCCUUGGCGCUGCACCUGUUGCCCCUGAAUACAUGGGAAAGAAAAUGGUGAUUGAUACUCUGGUUGUUAAUGUGGAAGCAAUGAUUCAGGCUAAUAGAGAAGUGACUGCCCUUAAACUACUUCAAGACCAUAUAUGGAUGACUGGGUUCCAAAGCAAUGAGCUGGGUGGUAUUGUGUUUGAAGAUGUGCCAGAAGCGCUUAAAAGGUGGCAUGCUUUGGGCAUCAAGGUUUAUAUAUAUUCUAAUGAUGGCAGAGAAAUACAAAGGCUUCUUUUUGCCAAUUCCAAUUAUGGGGACAUGAGGAAGUACCUAUGUGGGUUCUUUGAUACUGCCAUUGGGAGCAAACAAGAGAGACAAAGUUAUGUUGAGAUUUUGCAAACAGUGGGAGUUGAUAGGCCAGCUGAUGUGUUAUUUGUGACGAAUGUCAUGCAAGAAGCUGAGGCUGCCAGCGCUGCUGGUUUGGAAGUGAAGAUCUCCAUACGUCCAGGAAAUGGACCUCUUGCAGAGAAUCACGGGUUUACAACUAUCGAGUCAUUGCUAGAAAUUCAAUCCCAAGUAGUGUAAUCUUCUGUGUGUUUCGCUGUCAUGAUAAAUGCUCAAGCUAUACCUUACAACACCCAACCGCAUUUUAGAGGAGGGUGCAGCAGGAAUGAAGAAAGAAAGAAGAAUAUUACAAUGCCCUGUCGUUUUGGAUAUUGUUGGUUUGGUUGGUGACAAUGAUUGCUGACCAAAACCAUGGCUUAUUGAUUUUGCCAAUGAAAAUUGACACUUAGUUUAUGAUGACAACGGGGAAUUCCUUGUUGAUUUGCAUCAUGAAGAAAUGGAUUCGCACUCAAGAUAUCAACAAUGCAAAAGUAAGAUUCUGAUUCAAUAGCUACAUCCGUAGUUUCUUGUGAUAAGAAUUUGGUUAAAGUGGAAGAAAUUCUUCUUCCGAAUCCCUUGUAUUGGAUUUAUGUCAGCAAGACCAGAUAUACUUUACCAGUCUUAUUAAGUUCGAAAAAAAGUCGUAGGAUACAUUCUUUGCCUGCAAAGUGUAGGUUGAUUCAUGAACCAAGCAAGGUAUUGAAGAUUUGGUGGAAAAGUUCAAACCAUGACUUUAUGCCCGCUUAUUGCUGUAAAUAUCGUUUGUAACAAAAUUAAGUAAUACAAGAUGGAAAUUUUUUAUCAUCAUUGGGUUUUGCCUGAU